GCAGCCAGUGGGACGCGGCGGCGUGGGGGCAGGGGCGGGGUGAAGGGUCAGGUCCGAUCCAAGAUGGCGGCGGCGCCGGGGAGGCGGGGGGCGCGGCGGGGGCCGGCGGCGCUGGCCUGGGCGGUGCUGUGCCUGGCGGCCGCCCUCGCCGUGGACCGCAGCAACUUCAAGACGUGCGAGCAGAGCAGCUUCUGCAGGCGCCAGCGCAGCCUGCAGCCCGGCAGCUCCCCGUACCGCGCGCUGCUGGAGUCGCUGCAGCUCGGCCCCGACUCGGCCACGCUGCAGCUCGUCAACGAGGCCAACCAGGUGCGGCUGCUGCUGGAGCUGUGGGGGCUGCGGGGCAACAUGACGCGGCUGCGCAUCGACGAGCUGAGCCCCGCGCGGCCCCGCUUCCGCGUCCCCGACGUGCUGGUGGCCGAGCCGCCCGCCGAGCAGCUGGCGGUGACGGGGCGGGACGAGGGCAGCGUGGAGCUGGCGCUGGGCGCGGGCGGCCACCGGCUGCUGGUGACGGCGAAGCCCUUCCGCCUGGACCUGCUGCGGGGCCGCGAGCUGCUCUGCAGCGUCAACGCCCGCGGGCUGCUGCUCUUCGAGCCCCUGCGCCCUCGCCGGCGCCCUUUCUCGGAUAAGCUUAGUGGCUCGGUCGGUAGCUUGUGGGAUAAGAUCAAGAGCCUUUUCCGUAGGGAGAGCCCCGCGGAGCCGGCGGCGGCGGCGGAGGGAGCGGCGGAGGCGGAGGGCGAGGGCGAGAGCGCGGCGGGGGCCGACGGCGACGGCGCCGCGCAGCCCACGGGGGCCCCCGGGGAGGCGGCCGAGGAGCCGGGCGCCUGGGAGGAGACGUUCAAGACGCACACGGACAGCAAGCCGCACGGCCCGACCUCCGUGGGGCUGGACUUCUCGCUGCCGGGCUUCGAGCACGUCUACGGCAUCCCGGAGCACGCGGAGAGCCUGCGGCUCCGCACCACCGAGGGCGGCGACCCGUAUCGCCUCUACAACCUGGACGUCUUCCAGUACGAGCUGCGCAACCCCAUGGCGCUGUACGGCUCGGUGCCGCUGCUGCUGGCCCACAGCGCCCGCCGCUCCCUCGGCCUCUUCUGGCUCAACGCCGCCGAGACCUGGGUCGACAUCGGCUCCAACACGGCCGGCAAGACGCUCUUGGGGAAGGUGCUGGAUUACAUGCAGGGCGGCGGCGAGACGCCGCAGACCGACGUGCGCUGGAUGUCGGAGAGCGGCGUCAUCGACGUCUUCCUGCUGCUGGGCCCCGCGCCCGCCGACGUCUCGGCGCAGUACGCCGCGCUCACCGGCACCCAGGCGCUGCCGCCGCUCUUCGCCCUGGGCUACCACCAGAGCCGCUGGAACUACAACGACGAGGAGGACGUGGCGGCCGUGGAGCGCGGCUUCGACGAGCACGGGCUGCCCUGCGACGUGCUCUGGCUCGACAUCGAGCACGCCGACGGCAAGCGCUACUUCACCUGGGACCCCAGCAAGUUCCCCCAGCCCCGCGCCAUGCUGCAGCGCCUGGCCGCCAAGAAGCGCAAGAUGGUGAGCAUCGUGGACCCCCACAUCAAGGUGGACAGCGCCUACCGCGUCCACAACGAGCUCCGCGCCCGCGACUUCUACGUCAAGACCAAGGACGGCAGCGACUACGAGGGCUGGUGCUGGCCGGGCUCCGCCGGGUACCCCGACUUCCUCAACCCGGCCGUGCGCGCCUGGUGGGCCGACAUGUUCUCCUACGAGCAGUACGAGGGCUCCGCCGAGAACCUCUUCACCUGGAACGACAUGAACGAGCCGUCGGUGUUCAGCGGCCCCGAGGUGACCAUGCACAAGGACGCGGUGCACCACGGCGGCUGGGAGCACCGCGACGUCCACAACCUCUACGGCCUCUACGUGCACAUGGCGACGGCGCAGGGGCAGGUGCAGCGCUCCGGCGGCCGGGAGCGGCCCUUCGUGCUGAGCCGGGCCUUCUUCGCCGGCUCCCAGCGCUACGGCGCCGUGUGGACGGGCGACAACACGGCCGAGUGGGACCACCUCAAGAUCUCCAUCGCCAUGUGCCUGAGCAUGGGGCUGGCGGGGCUCUCCUUCUGCGGGGCCGACGUGGGCGGCUUCUUCAAGAACCCCGACGCGGAGCUGCUGGUGCGCUGGUACCAGGCGGGCGCCUACCAGCCCUUCUACCGGGCGCACGCGCACAUGGACACGGUGCGCCGCGAGCCCUGGCUCUUCGGCGAGGAGAACACGGCGCUGAUCCGCGCCGCCCUGCGCCAGCGCUACGCCCUGCUGCCCUUCUGGUACACGGCCUUCUACCACAGCCACCGCCGCGGGCUGCCCGUCAUGAGGCCGCUGUGGAUGGAGUUCCCCGAGGACGUCGCCACCUUCGCCAUCGAUGACCAGUACCUGAUCGACAGGGCCCUGCUGGUGCACCCGGUGACGGAGCAGGGCGCCCGCGGCGUCCAGGUCUACCUGCCCGGCAGCGGAGAGGUCUGGUACGACGCCACCUCCCACCAGAAGCACCACGCGCCCCAGACGCUCUACGUGCCGGUGACCAUGAGCAGCGUGCCGGUGUUCCAGCGUGGCGGCACCGUGGUGCCGCGGCAGGAGCGAGUGCGACGCUCGAGCGAGUGCAUGCGGGGCGACCCCUUCACCCUCUACGUGGCCCUGAGCCCCCAGGGCACGGCCGAGGGCGACCUCUUCCUGGACGACGGGCGCACGUUCGACUUCCAGACGCGGGGCCGCUUCCUGCACCGGCGCUUCACCUUCGCCGCCGGCGCCCUGACGGCCAGCUCCGCGGACCCCAGCGGCGCCUUCGACACGCCGGCCUGGCUGGAGCGCGUGGUGAUCCUCGGCGCGGGGAAGCCGGCCGCCGUCGUCCUGCGGCCCGCGGCCGGCCCCGAGACCCGCCUGGAUUUCCAGCACGAGGCCGAGACGUCGGUGCUGACGCUGCGCAAGCCGGGGGUGCGCAUGGCCGACGACUGGAGCAUCCUGCUGCGAUAAUGGGGGGGCCGUGGGGGGGGGGGCGCUGCCACGGCCCCCCCGGGACCCCGUCGCCCCCCAGGACACCCCCCCCCCGGGGGAAUCGUCACAGCGGUUAUUGUUCAGGCGGUUUUGGGGGUUGGGGGGGCUGGGGGGGGUCGCUGCUCUGGGCCUUGCCCUGUUCCCCCCCGCCCUGUCCCCCACACCCAUGGGGCUGGGGGGGUCGGGGGCGCCUCCGGCCGUGGGGCCCAGGCCGGGCUGGCACAAGAUGGGGACCAAGCCAGCGCUGCUCCCCCCACCCCACGCGGGGAGCCCCCCACCCUCCCCCCCGAUCUUCCUCCCCCCCAAUCUUCCUCCCCCCCAAUCUCCCCCUUUCCCUGCCCCACAUCCUGCCUCCUCCUCCUCCCUCACCCCCCCUUUCCCUGCCCCCUAUUGUCCCCCCCCCUUUCCCUGCCCCAUGUGCAUCCUCCUCCUUUCUCCUUCCUCCUCUCUUCCUUUUUCCUUCCUCCCCUCUUCUCCCUCGGCCCUGGCUGGGGCCGGGUGACCCCGGGGGGCGGACGGGGGGGAUCUCCAGCCCCUCUCCCCCUUCCGCCCCCGCCGUGGUGCCGCCUGCAGGGAUCUGGGGGGCCGGAUCACCUGGGAAUCCCCCCUGGUCCUGCCCUGGCCCCGGCCCCCGCCACCCUGGGGGGCUCCGUCCCCCCCCUCCAUUUUUAGCUGCUGAGCCAGCGCCCCGGCGCGGUGCCGGGGGGGCGGGGGGGGCCGGCGCCCGCGCGGCGUUUUGAUAAAAGACCAAUAAAACCAGGAAAAAAACUGA